AUGUCUGCACACUUGAGAACUCGACCAACUCCGAGAUCGUCUGAAGAUGCCCAAAGGCGCACUUCCCAGCGCACCUCCCAGCGCACCUCCCAGCGCACCUCCCCAAGUGCAGCCAAAGAGUUUGAUACAUUAGCUGCUGUCACAGACCUUGGGAAACUGGCACUACUACAACUAGCAUCUAGAGAGCCAGGCAUUCCGCAUUCUGAAGAGACACAAGCCGCAGUAUUGGCAUUAGGCGCGAGAGCCAUUUCACAAGGUAGAAGCACUUCCCAAAUCAAUGAAAGGAUCCUCUCAUCAGCCAGGGGGAUAGCACGUCUCGAAGCCCCAGGAAGGACCGAAACUCAAGCCCAGGGCGAAAUCAAUCGCCAACUCAACAGAGGAGCCACUACUCAGCCUAUCGGAAAGGGCCCUCAUCAUGAAACUGUGAUAAGGGCUGCUAAUUCUCGAAAUACCACCGAAGCUGAUCCCCAAAUCAGACGAGGAAGCACUCCAUCGAGAAGUGCCGCAAGUCCUUUAGCUGGCGCAGAGGAUGUUGCUCCGGCCAGUGGGGCAGCUGCUGCCGGUCCUAGGAAAGAAGUUGCUCAAUCUGAAGAGAAAUCUGAUUCUACAAUCAAGGACGAUCCAUACAGACAUGCUCUACAGACUGAACUAACAAGGACCAGAAAAAGAGUAAAGCAGUUUGAGAGAGGAUUAUCGCUACCUUCCUCUGAUAAGUCCCUCGAAGCAUUAAUCAACCGCGUGGUAGAUUAUCGCAACAAGCCACUUCAGGAAUGUCAAGGCAAGCUAGCGAAGACGUUCAAGAGGAUUUUUAAUAUGGAGAUGCGAUUGCAACACAUUCGCGACGGCGCCACAGAACCCGUGGCACAGCGAAGAUGGCAGCCCUCAUACAUCCACGAAAUCCAAACCGUAUUAGCGAAGCACAUGGAAAAUCCCGAGGCUUGCCUCUCCCGGCUGCGACAGAAGCUACGGCGACGGGUUGGCGAGGAAAGUGAUCAUCCUCAGGCUGGUAGUGACAUUUGGCUAUACGUACGUGUUAUCAGGAAAAGAAUUAGCAAUACGAAAGACCUGGAGCACUACCUAGCAACUUGCCUACAGCCAAUGGCGGGGCACGGAGAGGGAAGACAAGCCCCAGACAGACCUCUCCUGAUUCCCACCCAGCAAACAGAGCGGGGCGGUGCUACUGGAGGUCGUGCUGCUCAUACUCCUGAUAUUGGCCCCAUCGGCUCUGUUGCUUACUGGCUUACUCGUGACAUGGAAGAAGUUCCUUGCUCACAGAGUCGUGGUGACGAUAAACGUGUUGCAGAUGAUCAUCUUGCUGACAAGAAUCCUGCCGGUCGCCCUCUGGCUGGCCAGAGAUCCCAUCAACCACCGGCCUUGGACAACCGCCAGUCGAAUCCAUCUCCUGCACAAGCCAGUGGUCAGGAGCUUCCAUCAGGCCAAGCCAUAAAUGCGCGAGCUUCUGUCGCUUCAGUUUUACGAGGAACUGGUCAGUCAACAGGCAGUCUUCCUUCUAGUACUGGUGGUUCUCCUUAUGGUGGUCCUCUUGCUGGCGGUCCUUCUGGUGUUCAGACAGGCGAUUACUGUUCUCGGGCUCGCGGCUGGAAAUAUCGUGCAGGAGCUCCUCGGGCAGGUGGGAUUUCUCCAGCUGGCAGUACUCCUCCAGCAGCCAAUAUUGCCCGACAAGCCGGUACUCGUGCAACAGGAAGCGUCGAUUCCACACGAAAUGUUCGCCCAGCGUCAAGAAAUCGAACGGUUAGUGAUAUAGCAGGAGGUGACCCACUAAUCAGCGGGGACACGAUGCACGAUCGAUCAAGACAUGUGCGAGCAAGACGCGAGGGUGCUGCUACCGCUACCGCUACUGGUGCUGCUGGUGUUGCCGCUGCUGUACUCCCAGCCACGUCUUGUGUUGUUGUUGCUGCUGCCGUUCCUGCCCCCACCCCCGGCCCGGCUACCCCCACAGUCCCCGGCUCAAUCACACCGGCCUACCAGCCGUAG